UGGAAUAAAAGCCAUCGACCCGAGCGGCCGCAACGUGGUCCAGACAGAAAGGAAGGAAGAGUGAUCACAGAAAGGGAUAAAGACAACUGAGAAGCGGAACCUCUACGUCUACGGAAAAGAAAGAGAGAGAGAGAGAGAGAAAGAACAAAAAAAGAGUCGCGCAAAAAUGCCUCUCCGCGGACCCGUGCCGGUGAAGUUGUACAAGAAGGAGGACAGCGAAAAGAUCUGCGUCGGGCCGAUGACCAUCUACAUCUUCGAGGACGGGAGCAACACGGACAACCGGAUCGGGUGCAUGACGCUGGAGCUGCCGCCGGCCACGUCCGGGCCUCCGAUGCACUGGCACCGGUUCCACGACGAGUGCUUCUUCGUGACCAAGGGAACGGUACGCUUCAAGACACCCGACGGGGAUGUCGACGCCGGAGAGGGCCAGCUCAUGGUCGUUCCCCCGCGGGCGAUCCACACCUUCGCCAACCCGUCCGAGACCGAGCCUGCCGAGUUCUUCAUGACCUCCACCCCUGGGUACUACAUGGACUCUAACGCCUGAUAGACUUCCGCACGAUGAGCAAGAUCGUCGACGAGGGGAAGAAGCUGUCACGGGACGAGGUUCAGCACCUGAUGGCGCUGUUCGGAACCUUUCCUCCGGACGUCGAGUCGGAGCCGUGAAGACUGGACUGAUGCCCGCCGCGCGGGGUGG